CACACGUCGUGUUUUACACACUGUUUUCAACACAGCCGUGUAAACACAGUUACUCGUAGUGUGUCACACGUCGUGUUUUACACACUGUUUUCAGCACAGCGAACUGUAGUGUGUUACAGGUCAUUCAGACAUUGUUUACAUUACAGGUAACGUUUAAACUUUUGCGUGCACGCUUGUAACUGGUGACACAGAAAUGGUGACACCAUGGUUGUAUCACCAGCUACUUCUGGCUGUGGCUGGGUCCGUUUGUCUCGGGUUUAACAUUGUUUACAAACCUUCCUACCCUCUCCCCGGGCAGUGGAGGGAGGACGAGCUGCGAACAAUUCAUCGCUUCCUGUCUGGGAUUUCCUUCGCCACCAGAGACCGAUGUAUGGAGGCCAUGUGUGACGUCAGACGGGAGGCUGGAGCACCGGACAUGGUGGCAGCUAGCCCAAACUUGCCUGACGUCAUACCGGAGUCUGCCGAGCACCUGUUUGACCAGAACGGGAAGUUUAUCGGGGUCAAGAUGACCCGGGACACAAACAGGCCAGUGACCUGGUUCGAUCAGGUUAAUCAGAACCGUAAGAGUGGGUCUGGUAACUAUGGCAACAGUGGUUACGGCUUCGGCAACUAUGGCAACAGUGGUUACGGAUCUAGUAACUAUGGCAACAGUGGUUACGGAUCUAGUAACUAUGGCAACAGUGGUUACGGAUCUAGUAACUAUGGCAACAGCGGUUAUGGACCUAGUAACUAUGGCAACAGUGGUUACGGAUCUAGUAACUAUGGCGCCAAUGGCUACGCAUCUGGUAACUAUGGCAACAACCAAAAGCCUGUAACUGAGAACUAUGGCGACAUUGGUGGUGGGGGUCAAGGGUCAAGCUACAGCAGUCGACCUGGGCUAGUUCCAAACAUCUGCUGUCAGACCGAGGAAGUGUUUUUCGUCAACUCCACACUGACCGAUUACUUUGGGGUUAGCCGUACCAUCGCUCAGAGGGACACGGCAGGGUCGUAUCAGUUCAUCCGUCACGGUCUCUGCAGAAAAACUGGCCAGUGCCCUGGCGACUGCCAGCAAGUUUACGUCAGUCAAGUUCUGGCCAUCCACCCCCCAGAGGCCGGUCAGUUGGUCACCUUCAAGUUCUUCAAAGUACCCGGAUAUUGCGCAUGUACAUUCAGUUAGUUCCCCUGCUUGUGUAGCAAGUGAAUUGAUUAUCGUUCUUGAUUGAUGUCUUGUUAAAAAUAUACACACACGGAUCAUUGCUUUGUUAUCUGGUUGUUUACAGUUUUAUUAAUCCCACACAUAAACCACACAACCACACAUGAACCCAACACAUCCCACACAUAGCCCCAUAUUAAAAACAUGACCCCCAUGUAUCCCCCUAUACUACCACAUAUGACAACAUACUACCACGCAUGUUACCCAAGCAUGACCAAACGUCCCCCACAUACCACAUAUGUCCCCCACCUAAUCACACACGUCCACUCGCACACCCACACUACCACACAUGACCAUUAGGCAUACCCCCAUACCCCCAUACAUGAACCCCACACACACCGACACACCGUACUAAGAUGACCUCCACACAAACCACACAUAUCUUCCACAUACCCCCACACUACCACAUAUAUUCCUACCAAUUCCACAUGUCCACACACGUGACACACAUCCC